AUGGCUCUACCUACCUCCAAGUAUCUGGCUGGAAGUUUGGGGUUUUUACUGUUUAUAGUCUCUUCAGUAAGCACAGCAGAAGCAGCUGUCACAUGUCCUGACAGAGAUCCUGAGUUAGAAAUCUGGAGCCCAGGUCACAAUGAAGAAAACCGCGUUGAGAUCCGCAAUGGCAGGAAGCUGCUUCUCUCUUCUUCUGCGACUGUUCACUCUAUCCACAUCACUGAUGGAGGGAAACUGGUCAUCAAAGACGAUGUGCAGCCCAUCAUUCUGCGUACAAGACAUAUACUCAUUGAAAAUGAUGGAGAGUUGCAUAUUGGCAGCGAGCUGUGCCCUUACCAAGGCAACGCGGUUAUCAUCUUAUAUGGGCGAGCGGGUGACGGCAGCCAGCCAAAUCCUUACUUUGGACAGAAGUACCUUGGAGUCAGCAAAGGUGGCACUCUUGAGAUCCAUGGAAAGAAAAAGCUGUCCUGGACUUUCUUAAACAAGACUCUUCAUCCUGGUGGCAUGGAAGAAGGUGGAUAUUACUUUGAAAGGAGCUGGGGCCACCGGGGGGUCAUUGUCCAUGUUAUUGACCCUAAGACGGGAGCAGUUGUCCAUUCAGAUCGGUUUGAUACCUACAGAGCAAAAGAGGAAAGUAUCCGCCUGGCUCAAUAUUUGGGUAGAGUUGCAAAUGGCAUGAUCCUGUCGGUCGCAGUGAAUGAUGAAGGAUCCAGAAACUUGGAUGACUUGGCCAGGAAAGCAAUGACCAAACUGGGCAGCAAGCAUUUCCUCCACCUUGGGUUUAGGCACCCAUGGAGUUUUAUUACCAUUAAAGGAAAUCCCUCCUCUUCUGUUGAAGACCACAUUGAAUAUCAAGGUCACAAAGGGUCAGCUGUGGCCAAAGUAUCCAAACUAUUCCAAGCUGAGAAUGGAGAAUAUUUUAACGUCUCUUCGACUAGCGAGUGGGUUCAAGAUGUGGAAUGGACAGAGUGGUUUGAGAAGCCUGACAAAGCAAGAUCUAAGGACAUGGAGAAGCUGUCUGACUUCAAAGCUGCUCAUCCUGACAAAAUCUGCAGGCAGCCCAUUGACAUCCAGGCAAUGACGCUCGAUGGAGCGGAUUUAACCACGGAGGUUUUCUACAAGAGCGGCCACGAUUACCAAUUCCUGUGCCACGGCAAGGACCAGACGGGCGAGGGCUGCCGCAGCUACAGAGUGAGGUUCCUGUGUGGCAAAUCCGUGAAACCAAAGCUCACAGUAACUGUUGACACCAACGUGAACAGCACCAUCCUGACCCUGGUGGAUGAUGUGAGCUCCUGGAAACCUGGAGACAGGCUGGUGGUGGCCAGCACUGACUACUCCAUGUACCAGGCAGAAGAGUUCCAAGUGCUGCCCUGCAGAACCUGCAGGCCCACCCAGGUCAAGGUAGCAGGGAAAGCCACAUACCUGCACGUCGGCGAGGUCGUCGAUGGUGUCGACAUGCGGGCAGAAGUGGGGCUGCUGAGCCGCAACGUCGUGGUGAUGGGAGAGAUGGAGCAGCAGUGCUACGAGUACAGCAACAAGUUGUGCUCCUUCUUCGAUUUCGACACCUUUGGGGGACACAUCAAGAUUGGUCUUGAUUUUAAGGCUACCCACAUUGAAGGUCUAGAACUGAAAUACAUGGGCCAGCAGACAAUGGGGCAUUACCCAAUUCAUUUCCAUAUGGCUGGAGAUGUGGAUGAGAAAGGAGGCUACAACCCUCCAACAUAUGUGAAGGAUACCUCCAUCCACAACACCUUCUCCCGCUGUGUCACAGUCCAUGGAUCCAAUGGUUUACUGGUGAAGGAUGUGGUGGGUUAUGAUGCUCUGGGCCAUUGUUUUUUCACGGAGGACGGACCAGAAGAGCGCAACACGUUUGACCACUGCCUUGGGCUGCUGGUUAAACCCAGCACCCUGCUCCCCUCCGACCGAGACAGCAGGAUGUGCAAGCUGAUCACAGAGGGAGCUUACCCAGGGUACAUCCCUAAGCCCAGGCAGGACUGUAGUGCUGUAUCCACCUUCUGGAUAGCCAACCCACACAACAACCUUAUAAACUGUGCAGCUGCUGGAUCUGAAGAAACAGGCUUUUGGUUUGUCCUGCACCAUGUGCCGACAGGCCCCUCGGCAGGCAUGUAUUCCCCCGGCUACUCCGAGCACAUGCCGAUGGGGAAAUUCUCCAACAACCGCGCGCAUUCCAACUACCGGGCUGGAAUGAUCAUCGAUAAUGGCGUUAAAACCACCCCAGCCUCUGCCAAGGACAAAAGACCUAUCCUGACACUGAUUUCUGGGAGGUACAGCCCACACAAGGAUGCUGAUCCUUUGAAGCCCAGGGAACCUGCAAUAAUUGAGCGCUUUAUUGCCUACAAGAAUCAGGAUCACGGGGCCUGGCUGCGAGGUGGAGAUGUGUGGCUGGACAACUGCCAGUUUGCUGACAAUGGCAUCGGCCUGACCUUGGCGAGUGGUGGGACCUUCCCUCACGAUGACGGCUCGAAGCAGGAAAUCAAGAACAGCCUGUUUGUGGGCGAGAGUGGGAACCUGGGCACGGAGACCAUGGACAACGAGAUCUGGGGGCCUGGAGGUCUGGAUCACAGGGGGAGGACCCUGCCCAUCGGCCCGGAUUUUCCCAUCCGAGGGAUUCAGUUCUACGACGGGCCCAUCAACAUCCAGAACUGCACGUUCCGCAAGUUCGCGGCGCUGGACGGGCGGCACACGAGUGCCCUCGCCUUCCGCCUCAACAACGCCUGGCAGAGCUGCCCCAACAACAACGUCACCGGCAUCCGCUUCGAAGACGUCCCCAUUACUUCAAGAGUGUUCUUUGGAGAACCUGGCCCAUGGUUCAAUGAUCUGGAUAUGGACGGUGACAAAACAUCGGUUUUUCAUGAUGUAGAUGGUUCUGUGUCAGAAUAUCCAGGCUCAUACCUGAUCAAAGAAGAUAACUGGUUAAUCAAGCACCCUGACUGCAUUGACGUGCCUGACUGGAGAGGCUCCAUCUGCAGUGGGCACUUUGCACAGAUAUACAUCCAAGCCUACAAGCCAGCCAACCUGAAAAUGAAAAUAAUAAAAAAUGACUACCACAAUCACCCACUCUACUUGGAAGGGGCUUUGAGCAAAAGCACUCAUUACCAGCAGUAUCAGCCAGUUAUAACUCUGAGGAAAGGCUACACCAUCCACUGGGACAAGACAGCCCCUGAAGAGCUGGCCAUAUGGCUCAUCAACUUCAACAAGAAUGACUGGAUCCAAGUAGGGUUUUGCUAUCCUAAAGGGACGACAUUUUCCAUUCUCUCAGACAUCCACAAUCGUCUCUUGAAGAAAACGUACAAAACUGGAACCUUCUACAGAACCUCCCAAAUGGAGAAACUGGAGCACAGAUAUCCUACCAAAGGGUACUACUACUGGGAUGAGGACACUGGGCUGCUGUUUCUGAAACUCAAAGCUCAAAAUGAGAAGGAGAAAUUUGCUUUCUGCUCUGUAAAAGGCUGUGAACGAAUAAGAAUCAAAGCUGUGAUCCCAAAGACAGCUGGUGUCAGCGACUGUGAAGCCACAGCCUAUCCCAAGUACAUUGAGACACCAAUAGUGGAAGUGCCAAUGCCAAAGAAGCUCUCUAGUGCACAACUGAAGACCAAGGACCACUUAAUUGAAGUGAAAAUAGAAACUUACAAGAAACAGUACUUCCACCUGAAGGAUGACUUUGCAUACAUUGAGGUUGAUGGUGUGAGGUUUUUCCUCACUGAAGAGGGUAUCCAACUGGUUGUGAUUGAUGGACACCAUGGAAAAGUUGUUGAUCGAGUAACAUUCAAAAACUCCAUUCUACAAGGAAUCCCAGCACAGAUAGAGAAUUAUGUCAACAACAUCAAAGAUCACUCCAUAGUGCUGGUGACAUCUAAAGGAAGAUUCAUUUCAAGAGGACCGUGGACUAAAGUACUGGAGAAACUUGGAGCAGGAGAGGGUUUUAGGUUAAAAGAAAAAAUGGCUUUUGUCGGCUUCAAAGGCAGCUUCCGCCCCAUCUGGGUGAAGCUGGUCACGAACGAGGACUCAGCUAAAAUCUACCAAGCACUUCCAAUUCCUGUGGUGAAGAAAAUGAAGUUGUGA